UGUGUGUGUGUGUGUGUGUAUUUAAAGCUGUGUUGGGUCUCUCUGAAGUCUCAGAGCUGAACACUGAAGAUAACGAGAUGAACCGAGAGAUGCUUUACGCUGCACUGAUCAUCCUCCUGCUGCCCAUCAGCACCCAGAGUGGAGAUGUUUAUAACAACACAGUGAUUGUACAGGAUGAAGAGUCGGACGUCCUGCUGAACUGUUUACCCACACUCCCCAGCACUACACCCUUCACACUCCGCAUGGCUGACGGAUCUGCUCCUCCUCCUGACCUGAACUUUACAGUCGAUCCCAAACAGGGAAUUGUGAUCCGAGCUCCGAGGCCCAGCCACAGUGGAGACUACAUCUGCAGCGUGCUAGGGAACGCAGUGCGGCAACAUUCAUCAGUCUUCCAAAUCACCAUCAGGAAAAAAGUGCGUGUCCCUCCGGCUGUAUCUGUGGAGGUGGACGAGUGUGUCCGAGUCAUUGGAGAGAAACUGCAGCUCACCUGCAAUGCCACCAACCCCGAUCACUCCUUCAUCAUCAAAUGGCAACACUCCAACACUCAGACAUUUCUGGUUAAUAAGACAGUGAAGAGGAGCAGUGACAUGGUUCAGGUGAUAAGUGUGCUCACUCUUCCUCAUGUGAACAAACCCGAUUCCGGCAAUCUGACCUGCAUCGCCAAAAAUACAGCGGGGAAUAAAACCGCAACCGUCUCGCUCCGAAUCGCAGAGAAGCCGUACGUGUCUCUGACACCGCUGAAGCCGAGAGGUUUAAAUCCCACAGUGGAGCUGAUGGAGGAUGAGACACUGGACUUGAGGGUAGAAGUCGACGCUUAUCCCACCAUCCAGGACGGGAGGUGGAGCACACCACCAGCUACAAACACCUCCAACUAUGUGGAGACGCUCUCCACCAUCCACAGAAGUUACAGACAAGUCGCUUCACUGUCCAUAAAGAGAAUCAAAGCACAUGAGCGUGGCUGGUACAGCUUUAAUGCCCAGGGUGCCAAUAUUAAUGCCACAACUCACUUUAAAGUCCAUGUCUACCAGAAGCCGAGUGUCAUGAUUGAAUGGAGGAACGGUUCUUUAACCUGUUUGGCCUCAGGUUAUCCAGCACUGACUAUUUACUGGCAGCAGUGUGAGAAAAUGAACAACACCUGUGAUAGAAACAGAUCGUCUGUGGAGUUACAGUAUGAACAAUACACACUACAGCAACACGAUGAGUUCCAGUCCCACACAGUGCGGAGUGUGUUACUGACUCCCCUCAGCAACACCACGGUCAGGUGUGAAGCUGAGAACACUGCUGGAGUCGGGCGGAGCACAAUCAGCUUACCUCCUCUACUCUAUGUUUAUCAACCUCCACCUGAUGUCUGGACAUCUCAGAUGUUCCUCACCAUCAUCACAGCAACCUCAGUUAUAGCGACACUGCUCUUCAUUUUGCUGGGGGUUUGUGCGUACAGGUGUAAGCAGACACCGAAAUAUGAGAUCCGAUGGAAAAUCAUCGAGGUGAGUGAGGGGAAUAAUUACACGUACAUCGACCCCACUCAGCUUCCCUACAACCCCAAGUGGGAGUUUCCCCGAGACAGACUGACGUUCGGUCAGGUUCUGGGCUCUGGGGCGUUCGGUAAAGUGGUGGAAGCGACGGCGUUGGGUCUAGAGAAGGAUGACCACAUCACUCAGGUGGCUGUGAAAAUGCUGAAGUCCAGCGCUCUCUCAGAGGAGAAAGAAGCUCUGAUGUGUGAGUUGAAGAUUUUGAGUCAUCUCGGAUCUCAUGCCAACAUCGUCAACCUGCUGGGAGCCUGUACACAUGGGGGUCCCGUGUUGUUAAUAACGGAGUUCUGCAGUCACGGAGAUCUGCUCAACUUCCUGCGCAGGAAAGCGCCACUUUUUAUUAACUCAGUGUUCCACACACACGAGUUCUCCAACAUCUACAAGAACCUGACGAGGAACCUGAUGGAGAGACGCAACCAGAUCAACAGUUACAUGGACAUGCAGCCAGGUCAAAGGUCAAGAGACUGUACUCAGGGAGAGUAUAGCAGAGAAGCGAGAGAUCCAUCAGCACUCAACAUCGACCACCUGCUGAGGUUCUCCGCUCACGUGGCUCAGGGCAUGAACUUCCUCGCAUCCAAGAACUGUAUCCACAGAGACAUUGCUGCUAGAAACGUCCUCGUGUCCGACUCUCUGGUGGCGAAGAUCUGUGACUUCGGUCUGGCGCGUGACAUCAUGAACGACUCGAACUACGUUGUGAGAGGAAACGCGCGCCUGCCGGUGAAGUGGAUGUCUCCGGAGAGUAUAUUCGAGUGUCUCUACACGGUACAGAGUGACGUUUGGUCGUAUGGGGUUCUGCUGUGGGAAAUCUUUUCUCUCGGGAGAAGUCCAUACCCGGAUGUGGUGGUCGAUGCUCGGUUCUAUAAGAUGAUCAGAUGUGGAUAUCACAUGUCACAGCCGGAUUUUGCCCCUGCUGAGAUGUACAAAAUAAUGAAGAUGUGCUGGAGUCUUGAGCCGACCUCGAGACCGACCUUCAACCAAAUUGUCCAGAUGAUCAGAACGCUGCUGCCGGAAAACUCAGAGCAACAGUAUAAGAACAUUCAACAGGAGCUUGAACAGAAGUUUGACACGAUGAAUUGUGUAACAGUCAAAAUGAGCGAGACUCAUCAGGACAAAACUCCGGAAGAGCAGCGUCUGCUCACACACUCCAAUAACUAUCAGCUUUACUGACACUCAGGAACAUUGCAAACACCCGAAUUAGCGCUUUCUGUGUGUUACUGUUAGCAUUACAGGAUAAACCGAUGAAUUAAUGUGUAAUAACUUUCUGAGACCUACACUGUAAUAAACACCUACAAAAUAAUAACGUUUGAUUUUCUUCUCUCUCUCUCUCUCUGUCUCUCUCUCUCUCUCUCUCUCUCUCUCUCUCUCUCUACUAAAGAAUUCUGUAUAAUUUCAGCUUUAAACAGUUUUGUAAAUACGCGCACAUUUGUUUGUUUUUUUUACUGUAUUUUUUAGAAAUCUAAAAGCAGAAAAAAGUGACAUAAAGACUUUUUAGUUUGUUUUAUUUUCUCUUUAAAGAUAUUUUUGUUGUUUGAGUGAUUAUAAAUAUGAUCUUUUUAUAAAUUGUAAGGUCAAAAAUAUUCUGUCAGAAUAGCAAAGCAUACCAUAAAGGCUUUACAUGUUUAAAACGCAUAUACUACAGUAAAGUGUUUUAUUUCCUAACUCUGUACCUUUUAUUUACCUUUAUCUAAACAAAUCUUUACAAUAAAGUUUAUAUUUCACUAUAUAUAA